AUGGCACUGAACCACGAUGAAAUAAUAGAAGGAAUGGAGAUUAAAAUGGAAGUGGAAGAAGUGGCAACCAAUUCUGAAGUGCAGGUAGAUGUUGCUGGCAGUGAAGAGUCAGAUAAAGCUUUGUCCAAUAGUAACCUCGCAACACCUAAAAGGGGGCGGGGUAGGCCACCCAAAUAUGGAUCAGUCUCCAAGUCAGAUAAAUCCUUGUCUAAUGGUAACCCCUCAAUACCUAAGAGGGGAAGGGGUAGGCCACCCAAAUAUGGAUCAGUCUCCAAGUCAGAUAAUGCCUUGUCUAAUUGUAACCCCUCAACACCUAAGAGAGGUAGACCUAAAGGAUCAGUGUUUAUGAAAACCAAGAUGCUGAAGGUGAUCGGCCUCGCGGCGGCUUGCCUACCCCGAAAACCAGGUGACCCCUCCCCAAAGAAGCGUGGCAGACCCCGAAAAAAGCGUGGCCGGCCCAGUAAAGUUGAAUCAACAAGGAAGUGCCUAACACCCAAGGGGGAAGAGGAUAGAAAACUGGAAAGCCAAGCAAGGCGGCCCCCCGGAAGGCCGCGUAUCUAUCCACGCAUUGAUUCUCCAGUCACUGAGCCCAGGGGAAGAGGUCGCCCACGGAAAAGGGGCCGUCCCCCUGGUGCAGCAAACAAAGUUAAGAGGGGGGCAGAGCAGGAUAAGGACAACGGUGAACCUCCAGUCAAACGAUCCUUCCACGCCAAAGAAAAAAGCAAGGAAGCAGGAUUUCCACCAGUCGAAGAAAGUGAUCAGGAAGAUGAAACGGGGAGGGUGGAUCAAGAAAGUGAAAAGUGGAAGGUGGAAUAUAGAGAAGACCCCAAGAAUCCAGUUACCCCCAGUGACCCCACUAGCUUUCUCUGGUCAAGUCACAUAACACCUAACAGAGGUAGGCCGAAAGGGUCAGUCUCCAAGUUACUGGGUAGCCCCAUAACACCUAACAGAGGUAGGCCGAAAGGGUCAGUCUCCAAGUUACUGGGUAGCCCCAUAACACCUAACAGAGGUAGGCCGAAAGGGUCAGUCUCCAAGUUACUGGGUAGCCCCAUAACACCUAACAGAGGUAGGCCGAAAGGGUCAGUCUCCAAGUUACUGGGUAGCCCCAUAACACCUAACAGAGGUACCGAAAGGAUCGGUCUCCAAGUUACUGGGUAGCCCCAUAACACCUAACAGAGGUAGGCCGAAAGGGUCAGUCUCCAAGUUACUGGGUAGCCCAAUAACACCUAACAGAGGUAGGCCGAAAGGAUCGGUCUCCAAGUUACUGGGUAGCCCCAUAACAC